AAAAAAUCGACAGUAAAUCAGUGCGUGGUCUUGGUCCAUUGAGGUUCGCUCCGUGAGUCUACGCUCCUCGUCAUCGUCCGCCGCACUUUCCCUCUACUGCGCCACAAUCUACGCCCCCUGCGCAUACUCGUCUCGUGUCGUAACUCUCUCUACAUCGCAAGAAAAAGCUCGAUAAACCAUGCAUGCGUGGCGUUCGCUGUCCCGUAGCAUCCUCGUAUUCACGAAUGUGCUGUUCCUGUUGCUAGGCUCCGUUCUCGUGUCGAUCGGAGGCUACAUGGCGUCGCUACCGGCACUAACAGAGUUCUCAGACGGUGGUGUUGCUUCCUCCGUCAUCAUGUGUGGCGCUCUUAUCAUCCUAAUCGCGAUGUUAGGCUGCUGUGGAGCGCAAUGGGAGAGCAAAGUGUUCCUCUUCCCUUACGCCAUCUUAGUGCUAGUCUCGGUGGUCGCGCAGCUCUCACUGGCUGGCUUCCUGACCCACGUACACAGCUCACUCGUUGAAGUGGCCAGACACAACUUUGACCUGUCCGUAUUGGCACCGGCUGACCAAGAAACGCUACGAUGGAUCAACAAGAGGUUCAAAUACGUGUACUACGGCUGCGGCCUCGACGUGGACAUCGACCUCACAGACACACGCAGCCAGCCACUAAUCGCUUCAUGCUCCAACCCAGAGUUUAGCUGGUUUGCAACUUUUGUGGAGGAGAAUUGCCCCAUUGGACACAAGCAACUACAAAGUGGCAGCAACUUUCUUAAGUGCGCUGGCUUGAGUUUCUCCUUAAGUAACGCUAUGACGGAGCACACGAUGCUCUGUGCCUGCGAGACGCGGAUGAUCUCGUGGGUAAACGACCAAUCGCUGCUCGUGGCUGUCUUCGUGUUCGUCAUUGUGUCUUUGGAGAUCAUGCUGGUGGCGCUGUCGUGCUACAUCAUGCACUCGCGUCGCCACCGUCGCUUCGGCUACCAGGAGAUCACGAUGCCGGUGCGACAGCAGCCGUACAACCCGCACCCGCGCAACUACUUUGGCAAGCAACAAGCAGGCCAGCGUCAGCCGCUUAACGCGCACCCAGCAUACACGUCGUACGGCCCGUCCGGGGGAGAGAACCCGUACGCGGCGGCCGCAACUGGAGGCAAGACGAAGAAAACCGGCUACUAG